AUGCUCCCCAGCGCGUUGCGAAGGAGCACCGAGAGGCCCGCAACGAAGACAACGGUGGAGACGGCGAGGGUGAUGGCAAGCACAAAGUGGCGUGAGCUUUGCCACAGGAGCGUGCCCCGCCGAAUGGAUGCGUUAAAGGGCUUCUUGCAGGUCUCGCACCGGUUUAUAUUGCGAAUGUUACGCUUCGUACUUUCGAGGCGCCAGCGGUCCAGGCAGCUGCGGUGCACCCACCGCACGGAGCCAGUGCACUCGCACGCCGACACAAGCUUCUCUUCCUCCUCCCCGUCAUGGCAGGUGCGACGGACGCCCUCUUCCUCCUCCUCCUCCCCACCCUGA